GGAGCAGUGAAGUGCCUGACCCCCGCGCUGCCGCGGUCCCAGCCUGCCCGUUCGCGGCCCUCCCUGCCCGAUGGAGCCAGUGCUGGCAGAGGUCCCUCCUCGAGGCAGCCGGCUGAGCCCGGUGCGGGAGCGCUAGUGGGACUUGGACGGUGGCGUGUGCCACCCUAGGAGGGGCGAUGGCUCAGGGCACCGGGAGCAUCAACAGCGACUACAAGGAUUGGGAGUGGAGCGCCGAUGCCGGGGAACGGGCCAGGCUCCUGCAGAGCCCCAGCGUGGAGACGGUGCCGAAGAGCGGAGAGAGCCAGGGAAACGGUCUGGGGGCCACGUCGGCUCUGGGAGCCGUCUUCAUCGUGGUCAACGCUGCCCUCGGGGCCGGGCUGCUCAACUUCCCCGCCGCCUUCAGCAUGGCCGGCGGCGUGGCCGCGGGCAUCGCACUGCAGAUGUGCAUGCUGAUCUUCAUCAUCGGAGGCUUGGUCAUCCUGGCGUACUGCUCGCAGGCCAGCAACGAGCGGACCUACCAGGAGGUUGUGUGGGCCGUCUGCGGGAAGGUGCCUGGCGUGCUGUGCGAGGUGGCCAUCGCCGUCUACACCUUCGGCACCUGCAUCGCUUUCCUCAUCAUCAUCGGAGACCAGGAAGACAAGAUCAUUGCUGCUCUGGUGACGGAGCCCGAGGAAGCUGGGAGCAGCCGCUGGUACACGGACCGCAAGUUCACCAUCAGCAUCACCGCCUUCCUCCUCAUCCUGCCCCUCUCCAUCCCCAAGGAGAUCGGCUUCCAAAAAUACGCCAGCUCCCUGAGUGUGAUUGGCACGUGGUACGUCACAGCAGUCAUUAUCAUCAAGUACAUCUGGCCCGACAAGGAGCUCGUGCCUGUGGAGAUCCCCACCAGCCCCUCCACCUGGACAGCCGUCUUCAACGCCAUGCCCACCAUCUGCUUUGGGUUCCAGUGCCACGUGAGCAGCGUGCCCGUCUUUAACAGCAUGAAGCAGCCGGAGGUGAAGACCUGGGGGGCAGUGGUGACAGCGGCCAUGGUGAUCGCUCUUUUCGUCUACACGGGCACUGCUGGUGGGCCCAGGUCAGCUACGGGGUGUUCAUGGUCACCCUUGGAGCCUUCAUCUUUGGACAGACCACUGCCAACGCCAUCUUCGUGGAUCUCACAGCCUGACUCCUCCUCCAGGCUGGACCGCGCUGCUGCUGUGGGGAUGCAGGUUUCCCCUAGGACCAAAGGGAAGCGGGGAGAAAACACGUUGGCAUGUUGGGAAGAUCCAAGAGGAGCGUUAUAAUCUGGGGCUUGGCUGAAAGAGCCCUGCGGUGGUUUGUAUCUCGUUGUCUUAACGCACCAGGCAGUCAGGCUUGUCCUCUCGGCCCUGACUCCCUGGUGAAGCCGGAGCAUCACUACCAGGGGACCUGUAGGCCAGGUCAAGCCCUUUCUGCCCCGCCGGGGUAGACAUCACUACCUUGGACAUCACUAAGGGGUCAUGGUUUGGGUUUGCGAAGGCAUGCUGCUCUCACCCGUGUACCCCUGUGCUGGCGGAGCUUCUCUCCGCAGCUUAAAACUCCUUCUUCUCCCAACAUUGGAGGGAGACAGUGUGUCUUGCAUAAGGGGAACUAGUAAUCGUGUUUAUCAGACAGGGCGACAUCCCCGUAGUCCUCUUCUGUGUCAGUGUUUGGUUUGGUUUGAACUCUGCUUUCCCGUGGCUCAUCUCGCCGGUCUCCUGCCCUUACUCUUACAUCUCCCUCCGCCUGGGCUGCGCUUUCUGUUACAAAGUGGGACCGUCGCCUUCAUCAGCCUUAUUUUUUUUUUUUUUUUCCGGAGGAUCAGGAUGAGCCCGGGGCAGGGGCACGCCGGUGCAAUGUUUCCCCUGCCAGGGGUUGCUCACUCGCUAGAGAAGGUGCUGUGGCUGCAUCGACCUACUGGAGACACUACGCUAGAGCAAAGCUCUUCUCCAAAUUUCCAAUCCUGUUCUUCCAGGAGGUGUCCAGGGAAUGGGACUGGGCCAGGUGUAGGUUUUAAGGGAUGCUUUGGGGAUAAAGCAGUCAGUAUUAAUCC